AUGGCGGAUUUUCUAACGGACAGUGAUGAUGAGAAGAAAGUCGAUGAGCUUCUGUCUCAGGCAAUGGACCUUACUGUGCUUGAGCAAGUUGCUGCCAUUAAUUGUUCUGGUUUCAAUGAUUCUGAUCUUCCAUCUCACCUUGAAACCCGUUUUCAAAAGCUCAAAUCUUUCCCAGUAGAGAAAUCGAAGUCCCAUUUUUUGUCAACCAAAACCUUCAAUUCUUCAAAAACCACAGAAUUCAAGAACAGGGAUCUGAUAAAUGAAGCCAAAAAGGUUAACCCUAGUGAAGAAAUUAGAGGAUAUUUUUCAGAGGAAAAAUCAGAGGAGAAAAUGGGUUCAAAAUCAACUGAAAAUGGGUUGAAGAGAAACCCAGAUGGUAAAAAUUGCGUAUCGCCGACAACAUCGUUUGAGAAUGAGAGUUUUCCUCCUUUGAAGAAAAACCCACACGGGAAAAUGGGAAAAAAGGAAUCGAAAUCCCCAUAUUCGGCUUCGUGGGAUGAUUUUUCGAGUGAUUCUCUGUCUCCGCCUGCAAAAACCGGUUGCUUUUGGUGUUCUCCGAAGAAGGCUUCGAGGAAAAACACCAAAGAAAACAGGGGUCUGGAUAUAGACCUUGAUUGGGGGAAGAAUGAUGAGUUUUUAUCUGAUUUGAGCAAUUUUUCUACGAAAAGUCAAAAAAAGAUGAUGAUGAAGGCUACGAAGGAGGAGGAAGAGAUCUGUAGAGAGGCAGAGAAGAUUGUCAAGUGGGCAAAGCAAGCUUCAGCAAGGAUGGAUGUUUCUGGCAUUGAAGAUGAGCUAAGUGAUAAUGAGAAUUUUAAAUGA